CUUGAACCUGAACAAUAGAAAAAAAAAAGAGUUUCAUUCUUCUUCUUCUUUAUAUAUUAUCUUUUAUCUAUAUACAUAUAAUUCAUACAACAAGUGAAACAACGACAUAGACAAAGAACAAUAAACGAACAUGACGACGACGACGACGACUAUGAUGGAUCUGUCUAAUGAUCUCAAGGAACUAGUCAAACAUUGCGCAGUGGAUGAAAAUGCGUCAUAUCAGUAUGUACGAAUCGUAUCGUUUAUGCAAGGACUUCUUCUCGGUCAAGUCAGUGUUCUUGUUGUAGUAUUCUUUGUUAUUCGAUAUCUAUUAAUGGAGGAUGUCAAACGCGUGAAAAAGAGAUAUAUUCCAUCAAGACUUUCUACAGCACCUCACUAUCGAACAAAUCCGGCCAUGACAUCAGCUCCUCCUGUAGCAUUGAUCACGUCCAAAACUUAUUAUGAUAUCAUUCACCAUCCUCCUGAAAGCACAGAUUGGCUCAACGUUCUAUUUGCUCAAGCUAUUUUACAGUAUCGCGAUGAUGCCAAGAUCAACAAUAGACUCAUGCUUUCCAUUGACGAACUCAUUAAUGGAGGUGUACGACCUAACUUUGUGGGUCCUAUUCAUGUGACAGAAUUGAAUCUUGGUGAUGAAUUCCCUAUCUUUAGUAACGCAAGGAUUCGACCAUCUGAUGAAAUUGGAUCCAUGCGUGCUGAAAUCGACUUUGAAUAUAACGAUCAAGUUACUUUGGGUAUUGAAACACAAGUCAUAUUGAAUUGGCCAAGACAAUCUUUUGCCGCUUUACCGGUAUCUUUAUUAUUAUCUGUAGUGAGGUUUUCAGGCACGUUGACGAUUGAAUUGAUUAACCCACCAGAAACAACGACAAAACCAGACAAACCAUUGGAACGAUAUAUUGCAAUCUCUUCUUAUCCUGAUUUUGUGCUAGAUUUACAAAUCAAAGUACCAAAUCUUUGGGAAGAAAGGGAUAGGAAAUCAAAAGAGGCUCAUCAAUUGCAAGAUCAAGGAUUGGAAAAACAUCAACAACAACAACAACAACAACAAGAAAAAGAAGAAAAUGGGAAACAAAAUGAUUAUGAUGAUGAUGAUGGUAUUGUACCUGUAUCAAAAGAAUCUACUUUAUAG